UCUACUUUGAACAGGUAGUCUGAGUUUCUAUGCAGCUACUUUGAAGUGCUGCACCUACUAGUGAAAGCUUACAUCGGAAUUUAUAACUACUCUACUAUUACUAUUACCAUUAACUAUCUAUAAUCUGUUUAAGAAAUUGGACUGAACUGAAGUUUGACGGAUGAUAUGAUUAAGUCAAAUUGAUUUUUGCAGACUUUGGUGUAGGUGUGUUUUUAAUUUUCAAAGGAACUAAAUUUCCAUAUUCGAGGUGGUAGAGUAGUUAUUGAAGAAGACCAUGGAUAAGCUAUUUGGUGAUUUGAAGGGAUUCUUCAAAACUGGCAAAUGUGUAAUAGAUAGUUUUGUUGCUCGUCUUCACUACAGAUUUACCCUCGUGGUUUUGAUUGCUUUUAGCAUAGCAGUCACCGGUCGCCAGUAUAUAGGUGACCCAAUCGAUUGCAUUUCAAAAGAUGACAUACCAAACGAACUACUGGACACAUAUUGUUGGAUACAUACCACGUUUAGUGUGGAAAAGGCAUGGCAUAAAGAAGUUGGUAAAGAAGUUCCCUAUCCUGGUGUAGCAAAGCAUGUGGAAGGUGAUAGCAGAGUGUACCACGCCUAUUACCAGUGGGUGUGCUUUGUUUUAUUUUUGCAAGCCUUGUUGUUCUACGUCCCUCGGUACAUCUGGAAGAAUACUGAGAACCACAAAAUCCAGAAUCUUGUCAUGGAAUUCAAUUCACCCAUUGUUACUGCUGAAAAAGACAAAGAGGGCAAAAACGAGAAAACGGAUUUAUUAGUAGGAUAUCUGGAGGAAAAUAUCGGCAACCACACGUUCUACAGCUCAAUGUAUGUCCUGACAGAAUUGAUGAAUUUCGCCAAUGUCGUGGGUCAAAUCUUUUUGAUGGACACAUUUCUUGGUGGUGAGUUUACAACUUAUGGCACUAACGUGUUGUCCUUCACCGAAUGGGACUAUUCUUUGAGAUAUGAUCCCAUGAUCAGGGUAUUUCCCAGAAUGACCAAAUGUACUUUCUAUCGAUAUGGUUCAUCAGGCGACGUUCAGAAGCACGAUGCUAUGUGUUUGAUUCCAAUCAACAUAUUGAAUGAGAAGAUUUAUAUUUUCUUAUGGUUCUGGUUCAUCAUCUUAGCUACACUGACUGCUCUUGAGCUUAUAUACAGAGCAGCAGUCAUGGUCAUCCCGCCGCUAAGAUUCUACAUCUUGCAUGCUAAAUGCAGGAAAAUUAACGAAGAGCAUCUAAAAACAGUUCUGAGUCGCUGUGAUCGAGAUGAUUGGUUUGUCCUUAGUUUGCUGUGCAAAAACAUGACUCCAUGCAAUUUCAAGAUCAUCAUCCGUGAGUUAGCACUUAGAUUAACACACGAAAAAAUGAUAUAAUAUUAAAUGUUGAAGUGAAAUUUCCUGAGACGUUUUGAAAAUCAAAUUCAAUAUGCUGUUUUGGUAGCAAUGUUAGAGAUAUUCUGUCGGCAGGAGAAAUAUCAUAUCCAUUUGAAAUCCUUUAAUUCUGAAGUUCAUAUGCAGUGCUUCGCUUAGGUGUUAAUUUAAUUGUGUUCGCAUGUAUCUAAAUCAGUAGCUUUAUAAAAAAUUUUUAUUGUAUUUUCUAUGUAUAUUUUUAAAAGUUUGAAAGUAUAUUUCUUUCUUUCAACUCUGGUAUUUGAGAAUAAGUUCAUAUGUAAUGUUUAUGAUAUUUUUCGUUUAAAAGCAGUUGACAAAAAUUAAAAUGAAUAGAUAUUUGAGAUAUUUAUCAAAAUGAACUUUGUGAAUUAUUAGGUAGUUGUUUUGCAUUUUUUAUUUAGUUAUAUGUUCGUUCAUUAUAUUCUUUUAUUAAAAGUAGCAUUCGUAGGAGUUGAAUAUUAAUUGUGAUUAAGUAAGAAGGAAUUAAACCUGAUAUUUAAUAUAUAUAUUUUUUUAAUAUUCAUAAAUUCUUUCAUGACUAAGUGAAAAUCAGUUAAAAAUACCAUUUGUACAAUUGUUGAUAUUAGAAAGAAUCAUAACUUAAUAUAAAUAUGAGAAAUCAAUUAAAGAAAACGAUUCGAUAUUUGAAAUAACAUUCAAUUAAAAAUAAAUGUUAAAAAUUUUCUUUUAGUUAAAACAUUUUAAAAUCUUAAAGUGAACGAUGCUUUUUGAAAUUUGUUUCCCUUGUGAUAUAAAAUUUGUAGCUUAUAUAUUGAAAGUUUUAUGAAAAUAUAAUUAAAGUUAAUUAGUCAUUUUUUUUAAAGUAAAUAGAUUUUUUUGAUAGUUUGACAAUUUCAAAUUUCCAAAAUAUAGUGUUUUUAAUGGAGAAUAUUGAAUAUAUUUUGUCAUUUGCAGAACUGUGACGUAUUCAUAAGAGAAUAGUAGUUUUUUAAAGUGAUAAGUAAUCGGAUGUAUUCUUAGUUUAUCAUUCACCCAUCUAAAUAUGAAAGUGAUAUUUUGUUUUAAUUUCAUACUGUAUUGAAAAUGAAUUUUAAUUAAUUACAAAAAUAAAUGGUUAGUAUUUUUUUCGUAAUUAAUUAAUAAAACGAUAAAAUUAUUCUUUGUUGUUUGAAAAUAUCAGUUUGACCAUUGGUAAAAAUUUCAUGCGAUGUAGUGAAUCAUUAAUUAAAUAUAUAUUUGAUGAUAAAAUUAAUGAAGAAGGGAAAGGUAAUUAUUAAAAACACAUAAAUAUUUCACUUUUUAACGGUUUUUUUUUUAUAUAAAGAGUCAUGCGCGCUUUCUAGUACCUGAAAAUAAAUUUAUGUAUUGUUAUGACUGUAGGCAGUUUAUGCAUUAUAAUUAUAUGUUUCUUUAUAGAUACAUACAUACAUAUAUAUAUAGUAAAGGCCAAAAAUCUUGAAAGUUGUAUUCACAGAAUUAAAUAAUUAAUUUAUCAGCAGAAUAAAAUAGCCUUUUUCUUUCAAAGUUGUGCAUUUUCAGAUACAGGUGUGUGUGAUUUAUGAGCUAAGAACUCAUAAUUACAAGAAAUGACAAAAAUUACAUAAUGUUGCCCAUGAGAACAAUAAAGUUUUAUAUUUUGAAAGAUGUUAUUUACUGCUGUUUCAUUAAAAGCGAAUUUUGAUAUUUAA